UUUUUGUUGUUAGCGGAGUUGCUAAUCUCAGCGGUGUGAAGAUGAGGAUGAUACCGGUGUUGGUGUUCUGUAUGUCGGUGUGUUGGUGCUGCAGUGCUUCGGUGUUUGAUGGAGUUUUGAGCAGCUCUGAUUCCUGUGUUCAGUCCUGCAGUCAGACAUUCAGUUUACACACAGAACCAAGUGAGGACGAGCUGUACGCCUGUAAGCGGGGGUGUCGACUCUUCUCUAUCUGCCAGUUUGUGGUUGAAACUGAAAAUCUGAAUCAAACCCAAUCUGAGUGUGAAUCUGCAUGUGCUGAAGCGUAUAAUGGUGAAGAGGAACAGUAUGCUUGCUCACUUGGGUGCCAGAAUCAGCUUCCAUUUGCUCAGCAACAGCAGGAACAGUUGUUAGCAAUGAUGCCCCGGAUUCACCUGCUGUACCCGCUCACCCUGGUGAGAGAAAUGUGGGUGGAUAUGAUGAAUCAGGCUCAGGAAGUGUUCUCCUCAUCCUUGACAGUUUACCUGCAGGCUGAUGAUGGAAAGAUGGUUGUGUUUCAGUCAGAGCCACAGGUCCAUCUGAUCACUCUGAGAGAUGAGCUGAAGGACGAAUCACUUUUGGCUGAGGGGCGCAGUGAGCCAGUGUAUAGAGAGUACAGUAGCAGUUUGGUACAGGAGCGACUCGGAGUUGUGGCCCACGAUCAGAGCAACUUUGAGAACCAAAACGAUUUGUUUUCCUGUUUGUCCAGGAGCCCUUGGCUGCCCGGCUGGAUCUUAACCACCACACUGAUUUUCUCUGUUCUGGUUUUUGUCUGGAUCUGCUGUGCUACUGUGGCAACCGCUGCCCACCAGUACCAUCCUGUUCAGAAGCUGAGUUUUAAUGGAGACCUGGAGUUCAUGAAGGAGCAGAAAUUGAUUCCUUACUCACAGUCCUCUUUGCUGGUGGUCACUUCCUUAGGUACAGAUGAUGAGGCAGGACCGCUUCCAUCCAAGAUUAAAUUGAACGAAAUGUAAAUAUUUCUGUUCACAAAAAGGAGAGGUCAGAUUUGGUAGAUGGUGUAAAGUUAAUCUAAAAGAAGAUAUAUUUCUUGAAAUUCCUUUUCUGUCAGCUCAUCACAGGUGGACAUGUCUACAUAAUUCAUAAUUCUGGGAUUUGAUAUUAAAAUCUAAUAUGAUUUUUAUGUAUAUGAUUAUGACAAUGAGUUUCUAUAAAAAUUUUGUUGUACUUUGUGUUGCUAAAGUAUUUUGGUAUUUGAUAUUCUACUUUCGUCAUUUUUGGAGGAAAUAGCGCUUGUAUUGCUGGUGCAGUUAAUGUUUUGAUUAAUACAGAAGUUUACUUAAAUAUUUAGAGUGUUACACGGUUUUGAUUAAUCAGGUUGAAUUGUGUUGCUUAUUUCUAACCAAAAACCACUUACUAAUGAGAUGGUGAAGAGAACACAUCAGCAUGACUAUGAGAUUGUAUUUAAAAAAUGUAUCACAGUGUAUUUGAACUAGGGUGUUUGUGAGCAUUUAAACAUUUUAAGAAAACUGCUGCUAGGCAACCGUGUGCUUAAAAUACACUUUACUCUCUGGUUCUGUAACGUUGGCACUGACUAAGAUUUAACUUGUCAGCUCUUGGUUAGUCCCUGUGAGAACCAAAUGUAAAACUGUCAAGAACGUUUUUCCCUUCUGAUGUGUAAUUUAUUUACAAACAGCUAAGCAUGAGGGGCAGCUCUGUAGUGCAGAGUAAUUUGGGAUUUGGACUUAAUUAGUCUUUAGUCUCUGACUGUGAGAGGUUUAGCAUGUUUGCAAAGUGUAUGUGGGUUUCCUUCUAAAAAAUAUAAAAGUGGUACUUUACAUUAUUUUAAGGUGUAAUGGAUUGCCCCCCUGUACAGGGUCUAUUCCUGAUUUAUGUCCAGUGUUUCUGGAUAUAGAUGGAAAAAGCUUUUAUUAAUGUACUGAAUUUUAAUUAGUGACUCCCUAUUGAUGUCAAAAGGUCAAACAUGUGUGACCUUUUAUUAAAUUAAUGCUACAAUUUUUUUUUAUUUUGAAAUACUAGAUAAGUAAAGCAUUUCGUAUCCUUACUGAACACAAAAUAAAUGCAGCAUAAACAAAUGUAGAGGAAUUAGGGCAUGUGGCUUUCAGAAUGAAGCUGAAUUCCAUUGUGGGUAACAUUGAGGAAAGGGUUAAAGCAGUUAAAAAAAAAAAAAAAUGUAAAAUGAAGGUUAGAUGUAAUUAAAUAUUAAAACAAUGACUUAUUAUUUAUGAAAUAUGUUGUUUAGGGGUAUGUGAGCUCAAACGGCAGGUUUCUAGGCUGACCGUUUUUACACAACUGUGAUAUCAGGGUAACAGACAUUUUGGUAGAAAAUCACUUACUUGUCUUUGAGUGUUAUUUUUCAAUACACUAAAAUAUCACAUUAUAAAAUAAAGAAUUUCAAUUUGUAAAUGACAAAUUUCUGUUUAUAAAGGUUAUCUGAAGUGGUUCUUUAUUUUUUAACCCUACAUUAAUAAACAGAAUAACCCCACCUGUGCUGUGUAUAUAUGUAUAUAUGUGUAUAUAUAUAUAUAUAUAUAUAUAUAUAUAUUAUAAUUUUUGUCAGUUAAAAAUUCAAGAAAAUGACUAAGUCACAGAUUAAUGUUUUGCAUUUCACGAAUAUGGUUUGUAGUAUCUAAUGUGGUAGUAUACAGUAUGUGUGGGUAUAUGUUUCUAGUCAAACAUAACAACAAGAUUUGAAAGAUCCUCCGGGUGCUCCGGUUUCCUCCCACAGUCCAAAGACAUGCAAGUGAGGUGAAUUGAAGAAGCUAAAUUGUCCAUGACUGUGUUUGAUAACCUUGUGAAUCGAAUAAACUUGUGUGAUGAGUAACUACCGUUCCUGUCAUGAAUGUAACCAAUGUGUAAAAACAUGAUGUUAAAAUCCUAAUAAACAAACAAACAAUAAAACCUAAAAGCAUGAGAGUAAAGUGUAAACUGUUUUGAAGAAUAAAAUUAGCAUGAACAAUU